UUUUGUUCGUCCUCAUGACAAAAACAGUCCUCAGAGCGCGAGGCUGAGAACAAACCCACCUGUCAUGACACUCGGGAGUUUUAUUUUCAAAUCGAACUUCGACAUCGUCCGGAUUAGAAUUAGGAUAAAGGGAUAAGGGAUGUUCUGUUCCCAUGAAAUCUCACCAGCCUUGGAUAUUUAGCGAGCUUGAAGAGUCGGGUCAGCAGAACAAUGAGGCGGAAAUGUCUCUGGGCUCAGCGUGACUGCAGCUCUACAGCAGAAUAUGCAGGCGACGCUCGGAGCAGACGUCACUCUCCAGUGUCAGAUUACUACAGAUGAAAGAAUCUCAGUGCUAAAGUGGAGCAGACCUGACCUGAACACAGACGGCUACGUCUACUUCUACAGGAACAAACGCUCCUAUGAAAAUUACCAACAUCCAUCUUUUCAUGGCCGAGUGAAGCUGAGGGAUCCGGAAAUGAAGGAUGGAGAUGUUUCUGUGAUUCUGAAGAACGUCACGUUUAAUGACACUGGGAUGUAUGAGUGUCACAUAGCUGUGAGGAACCCUGUGAGAAGUAAAAGAGCUCACACUGAGAUCAGUCACUUCAUUGAGCUCACAGUCACAGGUGAAGUGCAUGAAAACAUGUUGGAGAAGCACAUCAUGGAAGGAGAAGAUGCUGAUGGAAACACUGAGGUUGAACAGGUUGAAGCACAGACUAUCCUGAUUGUUGCUGCUGUUGCUGUUGUCAUUGCUGUUGUCAUUGCUGUUGCUGUUGGUUUGUUAGUGUUGCUUCUUAAGAGAAAUAAGAAGCAUCACAUCCUACUGAGGAAGAAUCAGCCCUGCUGAUUACAAACAACCGCCAUAAGGAUUUAAAUAUAUUUAAUUUAAAGUGAAAAUGAUAAGAUCACAAACUGUUUGUUUAUUAGAUGAUAAUUUGUAACCAUUACAACGAUUAAAUACUGUCCUCUCAUAUCUAUCAUAAAAUAUCCUCAUAACUACAUUUAUAAUUAUUAAUACUAGUUAAAUAUAUACACCUAGAGAACAAAUCUUGCUUAUUGAAGCUAAUCUGUGCAUUCAAAGCAGUGGUAGGAAACUUUGCGUGCACACCUUUGCAUGUAUGGAAUGACACAUGGAUAUUUGUGCUUGCAGGUGCACUGUAAACAUUUUAUCUACUGCAUAUACAUGGACACAUUAGAAUUACUAACAUAACUGAAAUGUAUGUGUUUAGACUUUGAACCAUCUGGAGUACCAAGAAAAUCCAUGCAAAAAGGCCACAGGCAAGAUUUAAACCAGGAAUAUUCUUAUUGUGAGGCUAAUCACACCAAACUAUAAUAAUAAAAGUUAUAAUAACAACUGGAAUAACAACAAAAAAAAUCCCAAUGGCACGUUGUGAAGGAAGGAGGGUGUGGGCAACCAAAAUGAAUGCUCUGCCCAUGAAAGUAUGGAGGUUGAGGAGGGAGAGAGACCGACCAUCGAGACUGUGUGUGUGGGUGCAGCAGGUUAGACUGGUACUGUGGGACCAGGCCAUUGAGGGAUUUGUAAGUGGGGGAAGAAAAACUUGUAGUGUGUAACUUUAGUGGAUGCCGAUGGAAAUGUGAGGGUGGGGGGGGGAUGUGUUGUUAAGACUGUUGUAAAAUGUCAGAAAAGGUCAAAUUUGACCCAAACUGAAAGUAAAGGGUUGAGCAAAGAUUAAACGCUGACACUUCAGUAACUACGUUUAUCAAGUACACCACACUGAAGAAAAUCUCUGCUGUCCAUUUAUGUCAAAUCAAGUAAAGUUUUAGACAUUGCGGGUGAUAAUUUUGAAACUACCUCACUUCCUCUGUCACAUGAUGUCAGACAUUUUAUCUUCACACUCUUUUAUUUGAGUAGUGUUACAUUUUGAGAAAACAAAAAAACAAAGGAGAAAGACUGAAAAGAUGUUUGCUGAUGCUUUAGCAACAUUUACCUCAAGACUGUAGGGAAAAAAAAGUCUACUGAGGUCUGUAAAGGUUCUACACCUCUGCAAAGGUGGUGGUAUGGUGAAUACAUCAGUGGCAUCAACUCAGCUACAAAUAGCCAUUUUUUUACUAAUACCUACUUCGACUCUGCUCUGCUUGGUUUUGGUCAUUUGCUUUUAUAAUCGAGUGCCACCUGACAUGCAUGCAGGCGUGAAAGUGAUGCAGCUGAACAUAAGGAUGUCAAGGUGAUACUUACUGAUUGUUCUGUGGCUGUCCUUUGCCUCAUUGCUGGCUUUUAACAGUGGCUAGUCAGCAACACUGACUAGCCAUCAAUAAUGUCACAUUUUUGGAUCGCCACACUUAGUUCACUCAUAAAGUACCAGGUACUACAAGGUAAUGGAAAACCCUAAAAACUGAGUCAAGCUGAGCCGACCUGACCUGAGUAGGUACUAAUAGAAAAGGGCUAAAAGUGUUGAGUGGAGGGAGGGAGGGGAACAAAAAACUGGAAACUGCUCAGUGAAUUAACAUCCAUUCAGUUUACUUUUUUUACUUACUAAUCAAAAGCAGAAGUAAUAUAGUCUUUUUUAGCUUGGGUGUGAAGGUUUCUCUCCACUUCAACCAAGUGCUGCUCGAAGGGGCUGAUCUGAUCUUUGGAGCCCUUAGUUUAGUGUUUUUAUUAUUAGGUGUUGUGAGCUGAGACUAAACAGAUCUUACUGACCUGAAUUACUUCAUCAAUACUUUACAUUCAUGUGUAUGUGUUUGCAUUUUGCUGAACAUUUGAUAAAUUUUUACCUCUCGCGCUUAUUUAUACCACACAGUCUGAUCUGCACGCAUAGAAUAUCAACGCAUAUGUAAAGAAGACAAUGACUUUAAAAUAUUUGGUGUUUUUUUUUA